UUUUAGAUAUAUUCGUACUAAUCUACGAGCCUAAUUUUCCUGUUAUUGUUAGGGUUAGAAGGUGCUGCAACUUUGUUUUCCAUUUGGGAAAACAUCACCAGAAUGGGAGACUUGAAGCCUCAGCAACAAGAAGCUGAGAUGAAGGGUUGGUUACACAAAUGGACAAAUUAUUUAAAAGGAUAUCAGAAACGUUGGUUUGUCCUUUCAAAUGGACUGCUGUCAUACUACAGGAACCAAGCAGAGAUGGCUCAUUCCUGUAGGGGAACCAUUAACCUAGUGAGUGCUGUCAUCCAUACAGUUGAUUCAUCCAACUUUAUAAUAUCCAAUGGUGGUACCCAAACUUUCCACCUCAAGGCUACUAACGAGAUCGAACGUCAGAGGUGGGUAACUGCUCUGGAACUUGCGAAAGCCCGAGCCAUUCGUAUUACAGAAUCAGAGGACGAAGAAGACUAUGAUUUAGUCCCUACUCAGUCAGACAAGAAUGAACUACAGACAAUGUUAAAGUUGCUUAGUGCAAAACUGGAAGACUUAACUACUUGUAAUAAUCUGAUCAUCAAACAUGGCACGGCCUUGCAACGUUCUCUUACGGAACUCGAACAGUUAGAAACUGGCUCCGAUUCAACGGCUAAAGUCAAAGCUGUCAAUGAAAGAGCUACUCUCUUUCGCAUUACAUCUAAUGCAAUGAUUAAUAGGAUUCAACUUGAAGCUACUUAUUCUGAUGAUGAUGAAUUCUAUGAUGCUGAAGAACAUACAACUGGAGAGUUUUUAGUAACUUUACCAGGAAAGGGGCAUCGCCGAACGUGUAGUGGCAUGAGUCUUCAGAGCGAAGGACAGGGCUAUGCAGAUGGAGCUUCAUCAGAGUCUGAUACAGAUUUAGAGAGUGAAGAGGCUCGGGUUAUAACAAGAAGAAGGAGCAACCAGGAGGAAUAUUAUGAUCCUAACCAGCCUUCUUGGAUGUGUGAAAAAUCUGAAAAUGGCUCCUUUGAGCAACAUGAAGCAACAGAAAAUGAAGGGAAACGAAAACGUAGAACCAGUAUUCCUGAAAGACCCAACUACAGUCUUAGUUUGUGGUCCAUUAUGAAAAAUUGUAUUGGAAAAGAACUGACAAAAAUUCCAAUGCCUGUUAAUUUCAACGAGCCACUUUCUACGUUGCAAAGACUUACAGAGGAGUAUGAGUAUUCUGAGCUGUUAGACAAAGCUGCGAAAAUGGAGGACAGCUAUGAGCAAAUGGCUUACGUUGCAGCCUAUACCAUAUCUUCUUACGCUACUACAAGCAACAGAUCUGGGAAACCUUUUAACCCUCUACUAGGUGAAACCUAUGAAUGUGAUCGAACAGAUGAUUAUGGUUGGAGGUGCUUUACGGAGCAGGUUAGCCACCAUCCACCAAUGCUGGCCCAGCACUGUGAAGGAAAAGGCUGGACCUGUUGGCAGGAAUUUAGCAUGUCUAGUAAGUUCAGAGGAAAGUAUCUCCAGAUUAUUCCUUUAGGUAUUGCUCACCUAGUGUUUACUAGUACUGGUCAUCACUACACCUGGCGGAAGGUGACCACCACUGUCCACAAUAUCAUCGUAGGCAAGUUGUGGGUGGAUCAUCAUGGUGAGAUGGACAUUGUAAAUCACAUGACUGGUGAUAAAUGUCAUUUGAAGUUCAUACCGUAUAGUUACUUCUCUCGUGAGACACCAAGGAAGGUGACUGGUGUAGUCACAGACAAAGAAGGUACAGCAAAUUGGGUACUCCAAGGUACCUGGGAUCAUAAAAUUGAAGGAGCCCGAGUCGUUGGGAGCGAGGGAUCUGUGAGAGGGAAACCUGUACUGGAGACUGCAACUCCUAAAGUAUUGUGGAAGAGAUACAUGCCACCACGAGAAUAUGAAAAAAUGUACAACUUUACUGAGCUUGCCUGUCAGUUAAAUGAACCAGAAGAAGGCAUAGCACCAACUGAUAGCAGGCUUCGGCCUGACCAGAGGCUCAUGGAAGAAGGAUUUUGGGAUGAAGCUAACCAGGUCAAAGUACUGCUGGAAGAAAAGCAGAGGGCUACUCGUCGAAAACGGGAACAGGAAGCUGAGAUGUCAACUGCUGAAGGUCGUCCCUACCCUGGCUACGAGCCCAUCUGGUUUAAGAAGGAGACUGAUCCUGUUACCGGUAAUCCAGUUCAUAUUUUUCAAGGAAAGUAUUGGGAAAGCAAAACAAAACAAGACUGGAGUGCCUGUCCAAAUAUCUUCCUCUGAUUGCAAAGUUUGUAUGUAUGCUCUUUGAUUGUUAAAGUUAAGUUGAGUCUCGUGAUGGCCAAGUACUGCAGUUUUCUUUGUCAGCGUGGCACGGCACGAUUGUUCACUAGAGGAUCGCAGUACAUGGUAGAAUUUUUGAUAGAAUUAAGUCCUUUUGGCAUCAGAAACAUAGAAGUUAUCACAGAAUAAUCCAUUUAACCUAAUGUGGGAAACACUUUGAAUUGCUUUAGAGGAUUAUCAAAUUACUUGUGAAAGUAGGAUGAAAUAAUGUAUAUGUAUGUGCACCUUUUAGAAGUGGCACAUCAAACAAAUGUUUCAUAGGUUUAAGGUGAUGGGCAACAGAAAUAUUACUUAAAAUUUACCACAAAUCAAUAAUUGGCAAGCAUUAAAGGGUGUAUUUAUUUUGUUAUCAAAAAUAUAAAUGAUGUAGAAACAUGCAGUAGUUAUUAUUUAGCAUUUGGUCUGUUCUAAGGAUCGUUUACCUAUAGUUUAAUUGCAUAUAUUUUUGGUCAGAAUCGCUCGUUUUUUAAGGCCUAAUUUUAAAAACUGGUCUGUAAUAAAUCAUUAAAAUGCUGAAGUUUAAAAUCCUCAGAAUUACUAAAAUUACUUUGUAGAAACUUAACUCAUGCCAUCUAAAAUCCUGUAAUUUUAUUUUACAUGGUUGGUGGAAGCACAAUUUUUACUGGAAGUUUAGAAAUACUGUGGCAUUUAGUGUAUAAGAUUGGGAAUUAUUUUGUAAUUGUUGAUUUGGUAAACAUGAGUGAUGUACGCAUGUAUAUAUUUCAGUUGAUUGUCAAGUUGCUUUUUGUGUUUGGUAUAUUUUACUUCUAGCAUGAGAGGUAGUUUAAA